GCAAACAGGAGAAGUCCUUUCACUUUCCGAUCAGUCUCAUCAGUCAUCACAUAUUCACAUGAUCUUUUUGCCUCAACAUUUGCAGCUCCAUUCCCUCCCCCGGCCUGAUCUCUUCUCCAUUCUCUUCCUUCAUAAAUGGAAAUUUGUAAUAUCAAUCAGCAGUACUACUGAAUAUUACAUGAGUUUGAAUCUUUGUUGCUUUUUCUUUCCAUGAAUAAAUUAGACAUAUCCACUGCUCCACUGUAAUGGAUCCAGCUCUGAUCCUGAACUAAAUAUAUAUCUCAUUCUCUCUCGUUCCAAUCUCCUAAAGAUCACCUCCGCUCUAGGAAGCAAAACCCUAGAAGUGGAAAGCUUGAAUGUAAGAGCAGAAGCGAUAAAUACAACAUCACCCCAAUUUCCAAGAACAAAACUACUGGUAGCUACUCUAAAGAUCCAAGAAAUCCAUCCAAAUACACACCCAAAAGAGAUCCAUGGAUUCACUCCCAGAAUUGACUGAGAGUUCUAAUUCCGAGAACACCGGCAUCACGGAUUCUAGUACUACCAAUAACACCUUAGCUGCCGCAAGCUCUUCUUCAUCAGCUUCUGCUCCAAGCAGCCGCUAUGAAAACCAGAAGCGCCGUGACUGGAACACCUUCGGCCAAUACCUGAUGAACCACCGGCCACCUCUUUCCCUCUCCAGAUGCAGCGGUGCCCAUGUUCUCGAAUUCCUCCGGUACCUCGACCAAUUUGGCAAAACCAAAGUGCACACUCCAAUCUGCCCCUUCUAUGGUCUCCCAAACCCUCCAGCCCCUUGUCCAUGCCCGCUGCGCCAGGCCUGGGGCAGCCUCGAUGCGCUCAUCGGACGCCUCCGAGCCGCGUUUGAAGAGAACGGAGGGCAGCCUGAAGUUAACCCUUUUGGGGCUCGAGCAGUUAGGCUCUAUCUCCGCGAGGUUCGUGAUUUGCAGUCAAAAGCAAGAGGGGUCAGCUAUGAGAAAAAGAAGCGGAAGCGCUCCCGGCAACAGUUUCCACCAGGUCAGCUGCCACCCCCAGGUGCAAGCCAAUAAAGAAAUCCCCAUUGUCCAUGAUUCUACUCUCCGCUAGGCAUCUUUAAAUUGCCAAAUUUCAAAAUGGGUACUCCCUUGAAUCUUUUUAAGAGCUAGUUAGGGUACUGUUUUGGUGUCUUUAGGGUUAAAUUUCUAAAAGGUGCUAGCUAUUAUACACUGUGUUUCUGUGUAUUCUGUUAACUUUUACAUAAGCAGUGUUAUGGAUCUGGGAUAUCGUGAAUAUGCAUUUGAUUCAGAAAACAGUGUUAGUAUCACUGCAAGUAGACUGUCACUGGAAAAGUGUUAGCUGGGAGGAAAUUAAAAAAAUGUACUGGCUAGGAGAUAUGGUCUAUAUAUGUCGAACUGAGCAUAUAUUUUGCUCAUGGUUUUAUGUACUUA